UUCACGAUUUUCACUAGAUUGAUACGGAGUAAGUUGUAAAAGUUGUAGGGGAAAUAUUUCGUUGGUGGUUGGAAAAUGGAAAGAGAAACUCAUACUAGAAAACAUCAGCUACCUCCUCUGAGUUUAGCUGUAUGUGACUCGUUAAGCACAAGAAGCUGCCCCACGUUGUGUUUCCGUCUUGAUGGUUUUCUAAUCUGGGUUAACGUGCUGUUUUUGCUGCUAAUUGAAGACACAUAGUUGUUACUUAAUCUUUAAAGUUGGCCUGUUUUGCGCUGAUUGGAGAUGCGAAGAUGGUGAAAAAGGGAAAAAUUGCCCACUAUAGAGAGAGGUUGGAUGAGACGUUAGCAUCCGAAAAUCUCACUGAUGAGGAGAAACUAAAGAAUCUUGUUAAAGAUCAAAUCUUACGAUCAUCGGACAAUAAUCCUAUAGAUUGUAUUGAUAAUAUUACCGGAAAAAGGACUGUGGAAGUAGCAAAUUUUCUUGAGAUGCUGAGGAGUGCGUCUGAAAACUAUAAUGCUUCAUCUCUCGAGACUCAUCAUACGAGUUGGAAAUUGAAACAGGAUACUGAAGAUUAUCGUGUCAUGUACCGGGAGGGACCUGUAGGUUCUCCGUUUCAUUCACUACUUGUGGAAGGCUAUAUAGAUGCACCUCUUGAUGCAUGUCUAUGUGUUUCCUGGGAAUCAGCCCUCUAUCCAAGAUGGUUUCCUGAAACAUUUAUUCCCACUUUCAAGAUCGCAGAAGCCAAAAGUUUGCAGAAGGUCAGGAUUGGUGAAGAGAUAUCUUUAGUGAGGGUGAAGCUUUCGUGGCCAUUGUCCAGUAGAGAGGCUCUUCUCCACUUUUUUGUGUUUGAGUACUUUGAAAAUGAUCUUGUCGUCGUGCUCAUGAACACGAUUUCUGACGCGGACAACAUUCAAUUGGAAACCCAUGGCUUCACCAAUAAGGGAAUACCAGAAGUCGAGAACACUGUAAGGAUUGAUGUAGUGGGCGGUUUUGCUUUACAAAAAGUGACAGAAAACAGGAGUUACUUUAGGACAAUAGGCAACCUGGACAUAAAGCUGGAUUUUGUUCCUCCAUCACUUAUAAAUUUCAUAUCGAGACAGUUGAUAGGCAGUGGUUUCAGGUUCUAUAAGAAGACAGUUGCUUCUGUAUCUAAUGGAGAUGAAGCUUUUGCCAAGGUGUUGAGUGGCCCCCUUUACAAUCGAAUACGUCAAGCUAUAUACUCAAACGAUGAAUCAGAAAAGAACCCCAGUAAACAAAGCAUUCAGGACUACAUAGGGGGCAUCAACAAUGGGGAUCAGAAAACAGAUGUGCAAAAUGCAUCUGGUGAGGAAGAUAUGAAGAUUAUUGGGAAUGACCAUUUGAACCAACGUUCAGAGGGGUGCAAACCUACAUGUAACGAGAUUGAAGAAGAGGAGAUUAAAGAAAGUAAUGGCCAUGUUGGCAGAUACUUAGCCAGUGAGAUUGAGGAAGAAGAACAACAACAAGUGAGUGAAAAUGGACACGUGGAUAAUGGCAAAGAUGCAAAGGAAAGCCACAGCUCAAUCGAUCUACCUAAAUCAGUGAACUUGAAUAAGAAUGUACCAAUAAGUCCCCAGGUGGAGAAAGCUCUAGGUACUUUGGAUAAAAUGAUCAAUGUUGUCAAAGAGAAUAGACUCAAAGGUCCGAAUCUCAAUCACUCUAGCCCUAAGAUAGUAGGGGAUGCAGCUUUAUCCUCAACGUUGGGUGAACAUAUUAAACGAGUAGAUAAGCAGGGUAUAUCAGUGGAAGAGAUUGAUAGGGAUACUACACAUGUAUCCAGGAAUGACUUAGGCACUGAUGGUUUGAGGUCUGGAAAAACAGAACUUCAAUCCCAGGAAGAAAAUUCUCAUGUGGUAUCUCCUGAUCAAAAUCCAGCUAUCGCCGAUUGGCCAGUAAAUGUGCCUUCUGCUGUAAACAGUCCAGUUGUAGGCACUCCGAAGAACCUUGAAGUUAAUGGCAUACAUGAGAAUAACAAGAAGACUGGGCAGCCAAAAAAGUGGAGGCUAUGUUGUUUUCACCUUCCUUCCGGGAGGCUGGUGUCAUGAUAACCCGAGAAAAAAGGACAGCACGAAGGUGGUGUUCGGCUGUUAAUUAAUUGAAACUAAUAAUCUAUUGAGAAAUAUACCACAGCAACAUUUCACAAGAUUGUACCUAAUGUGCACUAAGGCACCAUUAUUUUCAAAACCUGAUGUAGAAAAAUAGUCCAUAGAUUUUUCACUUUCCUUUUUUUUUUUUUUUAGUCUUGAAUAAACUAGUUUGAAAGGAUGUAAAUGAUCUUAUUUUGGGUCUUCACUUGUAUGCUUCUGAUUGAAUAUGAAAGGGCAUGUUCAAUGUAAUUGUUUAAUUUUGUA